GCACUCCAAAGCUGUGAGACUGGGUGGCCAGCGGCAGGGAGUACGGCUCGCCGCAUACUUGUGAGCAUUUUGUCGGCGGCUGAAGGCGAGGGAGAAAAAUAAGAGAGUUUGUCAGUGCCGAAGAAGUGCACCGAUGCUGUCAUACAUGCCACGCGGGUUUCUGGCGAUACAGCACAGCCUGAUCUAGCCUGAUUGACAAGGUCCUUGCACCCGAUGAGGCGUUCACGGCUGAGCAGUCGUCAGCUAUCGUAUAUAUGGUCACCAUGCGGGAGAAUGCGAACCAAAGCGACGCCAACGAGUAUCGAUUGUGCUUCACCGUAAACCAGCUUUCAACAUUUAAUGUUCAACGAGAUGAUUGCUGAUCAUGCUUGAAGAGAUCACUCUCGUUGGGGCAUUUCUUACACCACAUUAAAAAUGACCUCUUCACACGCUCACUCCGGCAGCCCGGAACCGUACCUCUCCUGCAUUCCUGCAACCCUUGUUUCGACGCUAUCAGCACUCAAGCUGCAACCCAAGCUGGAAACGCUUUUAAACUCCUACCUCACUGAAUGUAGUUCUGCUUCCGGAGAAGACAGGAAAGAAGUAGCGUUCGCGGCGCUCGAAAAGAAAGCGCGACCUAUCCUGCUCGAUGUUGGUACGGGUAAAAAGGGCACCGCGGAGAUUUUGGAAAAGUGGAAGGCACUCCCUGUCGAGCCCGCUGCGUCUGCCCAGCCAUCGGAAGAGUCGCACUCGGUUCCAUCGUUGACAAGUGGCGGUGCAGCGAUUCGCGCUCAGGAAGAUGAUCAGCCACAGGAGCACGCCAAACAAGACGAAUCAGGUUCCGCCUCUAUCGAAGGCAAGGCUCCAAAGGUAGUCAAGGAGAAUGGUGCGCACAAGAUGACUGCGCGCGAGCGGCGUUUGGCAAAAGCAGCAGUAACGUCAUCGGCGGCGUCCUGUGAUCAGACUGAACAUUCGAAUGCAGCCACCACUACCUCUCCCACCUCAAAGGAGUCUCCUGUGUCCAAGCUCGUCGACGCAUCCUCCGUGCAAGCUCACGCCCCGGGCUUGACCAUCCACGCUACGUCGCAAGAAACGCGCUUCUACCUCGAUGCAAUCGAGACGGCCAGCGGGGAGAUUGACCUGAAGAAUGUGACCAUCUCCAUUGGCGAGGGCGGACAGAAAGACUUGCUCGUCGACGCGCAUUUGAGGCUGAAGGGGGGUACGCAUUAUGGACUCGUUGGUCGAAAUGGGGUUGGCAAGUCCACCUUACUGCGUGCGAUGGCAGACCGCAUCAUCCCUGGACUGCCAACAAAUUACAAAAUUCUGCUCGUGUCACAGGUAGAAAAUGAGCUCGUCGCCUUCGAAGGAGAGGAGGACGAACAAGGAAAGAGCAGCGCGGCGCCCAUAUCGACUGUGCAAGCUGUCCUUGCGGGUGACAGGCAGCGAACGCGCGCUUUAACAGAAGCCAAGUCUCUCAGUAAAGCGCUCGAUACUGACACGGACGCAGCGAUAUCACGAGCCGUGGCCAGCAUCGUACUCGCCAGGCGGCGCGAUGAGCUGGCCGAAGCAAAGCGCAUCUCGCUGCGGCGGAGUGGUGCGCGUGGACUUGAGGCGCGGAAAGCACUGAUUGCGGCUGAACAAGCGCUUGACAGUGCCGAGAAGACCUACGCGCGCGUGUUCGGGCUGGAUGCUAAGGCGGUAGGUGCGGAUGCGAAUGCAAAUGCAGUUGCUGGAGCAGCAGCCGCAGCAGCAGAUACGUCUGCAGGUGCAGGUGCGGAUGUACAACGUGACUGGCGCGGUGAAGCUGCCGAACUUUUCGCUGCAGCACAAGUCGCGUUGGAGGAGUAUGAAGCCGACACGGCCGAAGCGCGCUGCGAGUCGAUCCUUAAAGGGCUUGGAUUCAGCAACGAGCAACUGCAUGCUCCUUAUAUGUCCCUGUCCGGCGGAUGGAAGAGUCGCGCCAGCUUGGCAAGCGCGCUGCUCAAGCCUUGUGAAUGCCUUGUGCUAGAUGAGUGCACCAACUUUUUGGACCUUCCCAGCGUCGUCUGGCUACAAGGAUGGCUGAAAGCCUCGGAGAAGACGAUGGUUGUCAUUAGUCACGAUCGAGAGUUCAUUGACCACGUCGCCGAAGAGCUCAUCAUUCUACGCAAGCAGCAGCUGACGUACUAUGACGGCAACUUGAGCUCGUACGAGCAGACGCAGCGGCGCAAGCUCAAGAAUGCGCUUAAGCAGCAAGCAGCACUAGAUCGCAAGCGCGAACAGGUGGAGAAGAGCAUCGCUGAUGCAGCCAAACAGGCACGAAAGACGGGUGAUGACAACAAGAUGCGUAUGGUCAAGACGAGGCAGAAGAAGCUGGAUGAGCGAUGGGGUCUCGAGCGUAAUAGCAAAGGGCACCGAUUCAGGCUCAACGCUAUCGAGAAUGCCGGCUACGCUCUGACCCUGCGAGAUGGCAUCGACAUUGAUGUGCCUGAUGCGGACAUUAACUUCUCGUUUCCUGACCCAGAGCGGCUGCGCUUCCCCGGUGCGCUCGUUCAUCUUGACCACGUCACGCUCUCCUACCCUGGAGCGCGGCGCGCGACGGUGGACGAUGUCACGCUGACCAUCGGCCAAGGGGAACGCGUCGCGCUGAUCGGACCGAAUGGCCACGGAAAGACGACGAUCACGAAGCUGAUCCUGGAGCACAUCUCUCCGACAACCGGACGCGUCGAGCGGCACUCUAAGGCUACGAUCGGCCUGUACGAGCAGCACACCAUCGAGCGUUUUGCAACCAUGCGCGCGGAGAAGGGAAAGCCGCCCAUCACGGCUCUGUCCUAUUUCCUCUCACGUAUUGCGAACAUCGAGGCAGGUGAGGGCGCUUCGAUGGAUGGCCCCGCGCGGCGCUUCCUCGGUAGCCUCGGUCUGCGCGGUCGGACAGCGGAUGCGCAACCGCUGCACACGCUCUCGGGUGGGCAACUAGUCCGGCUUGGUCUUGCGGAGCUGAUGUGGGCCGCGCCGGAUCUGAUCUGUCUCGACGAAGUGACACAGCAUCUCGACAGCGACUCGAUCGAUGCGCUCAUGCGCGCGCUGAAGCGCUAUACCGGCGCGAUCCUGCUCAUUAGCCACGAUCGACAUGCCGUUAAGCAGCUAAUCGAGGGCAAGAAGAGCGACCUGGUGCUCGGAUCAGACGGCGAGGAGAAUGAGAGCAGUAAUGAUAGCGACGAUCAUGCAGGCGCCAGCUCGCGCGAACAUGGGAGCGUGUACCUCGUGAAGAAAGGGAAGACCACCUUGCUAGGUGGCGGGAUGGACAGCUACACUGCGGAAGUCCAACAGGAGAUGGAUGCCUGAGCAGCGAGCGAGAGAGCGGCUUUCUCUUGUAGUGUAUAUCUGCAUGGUUCUGGUAAACGAAUGAUACCGUAUGGCUUAC